GCGCACACCCCAAAAUCGCCAUGCGUAAUACAAAUACAUUCCUCGCCAAUAUAGAACAGGUAUUUAUUUUCCUCUGACAAAGAAAUACGGGGGUUCGUUCUAUAUCUCACGAUAUGUGUAAUAGUCGAUCUUAUUUGAAUAGUACUACUUGUUAUAUGUCAUAUUUUUAUUGCUCUUGUGCUAUGUUUGUUUCAAAGCUAUAAACGAAACACUUUGUCACUAUAAUUAUUGUCAAAAUAAUGGUACGUGUGUGUAUAUAAAUGGUUAUAAUGAGACAAUGUGUAAAUGUCGCAAUGGAACUUAUGGUAGCAUGUGUGAAACAGUGCUCACAACUAUAAACGAAACACUUUGUCAUUAUAAUUAUUGUCAAAAUAAUGGUACGUGUGUGUAUAUAAAUGGUUAUAAUGAGACAAUGUGUAAAUGUCGCAAUGGAACUUAUGGUAGCAUGUGUGAAACAGUGCUCACAAUAGCUCACCAUGUUAUAAUGGUGGAACAUGUUAUUCGUCGCCUUCUGGUACAUUCUAUUGCUUAUGUCCAUUUGGGCUCACCGGCGCUCAUUGUCAUAUGCUUGCAAGUAUGAAUAGAGUCAAUAAAAAAAUAAAAAAGUGUGACACGUUUAUGAAAAACUAUUUUUCCAAUAACUUCAAUGGUACAUCGUGAGAGGAACGUUUUAUGCUACUAGCACGGUUUAGACGUACAUAUUUUAUGAAAAGCUUAUUCAAGUACGAGUAUCGUCUUUUAAAUGAAUGAAGUCUCUACGACAAGGCACUAUUAAAAAUCUUGCGAAAUACUUCAGGUGUAACUUGUAUGUGUAGAAAACGCUGCGUUAAUAUUUAAAAUACUCAAUUUCGAGACUUGUAACAAAAUGGCCGUAACUUUUUAAUUCGACGUCAGAGAGAGUUGUGCGAGGUCUUAUUUUGAUGAGACAAGUUUUAAUUGCAUACGUAUCCGUGAAAAACUUGUGUGUGAUAGCGCUAUUGUUGUGUUUUUAGAUAUUAGCAGAACUUGUGCAUCU